CGGAGCGCACAUCAGCCAGCAGAGCACGAAGGUUCGCUGCCCUUACACUCUCUCCCUGGCUUCCUCUCCAUGGUAGAGGUCGAUCUGUUGGCCUAAGAAUUGGCCCGACGCCUAGAAUCCUUCACCUGUGAAACCCCGUGAGGAGUUCACCUGGAGUUUUGAGCGCUCCCCGAGAGUCGUCUUUUUCCGCCAAUUCGAGGGGGAGGUUUGGGAGUUAUUGCAGCGUUUAGUGAUCUCGGACUGGGUCCGCGGAUUCUCGUGUGCUGAGUUUCUCUCCAGCUUUUGGCCGCAGAGUCUCACCAUGCCCAGCGCAACACUGUGGUGUACACUCGUGCUCCUCGGAGCCUCGACGCUCGCUAAAGAGGCUGGCUGCCCCGUGGAUUGCCGGUGCUCGAAGCCCCGGCUUUGCCCGGCUGGAGUGCCGCUGGUUUGGGACGACUGCACUUGUUGCCGGGUCUGCGCCGCUCGCUUUAACGAGAAGUGCGGCGCGCUGAAGCCGUGCGCCCCGGGACUGCGCUGUCAGACGGCGGCCGGGCAGAACAGCAGCCGUGGGGUGUGUAGAGCUGCCACAGCCGGGCGCCCGUGCUCCAAGGAUGGCAGGGUUUACCAGCAUGGCGAGGGGUUCUUGGCCAGCUGCCGGCUACACUGCCUGUGCCAGGACGGCAAGGUGGGCUGCCGGGCGCUGUGCCCACUGCAUCUGCCCCCUCCCCCGGCCUCCUGCCCGCAUCCUCGUCUGGUACCGGUGCCCAGGACCUGCUGCCGGACGUGGACCUGCCUUGGAGACGUCUUCAAGGAGCCGGAGCUCGGCUGGAACGGAGAGGAAGGGGAAUGGGACGACUCUGGCAAUGAGGUGGUCGACCAGAGACUGGGGGCGAAGAGAUGGCGGGGUCGGUCCAGGUCCGGGUCGAGAUCCCAGAACAGGCAGGGCUGCCGACUCCACGUUACCGAGUGGUCUCCCUGCACCGUGACCUGUGGCAUCGGCUUGUCCACACGGACCAGCACCAACAACACGCGGUGCCGGCAGAAAGAGGAGAGCCGACUAUGCCAAGUGCGGCCUUGCGACAUGAUCAACCAUCUCCUCCCCACGAAAGGCAGUGCCUGCCUGAAGACAUACAAGGAGCAGGUGCCCCGGCCGUUUGUGUACAACGGGUGUACCAGCCUGAAGAGUUACCGGCCCAAGUACUGUGGCAUGUGCCAGGAUGGGAGAUGCUGCCUGCCGUCGGAGAGCCGGAGCACCCGGAUCCGCUUCCAGUGCCCUGGCGUGGACAGCAUGGUGGUGACGGUGGCCAAGAUCAAGAGGUGCGCGUGUACCCGACCCCAGGGACUCGCCACCAGCUGCCCCCGCCCGCCCACGGGCAACCACGUCUAGAAGAGGAGGAGGUUGCAGGAUCUCACCCAGCCUCAGCUCCAUGCUUGAGCCGAAGGCAUCGGGGAUUCGACGCGGGUACGAUCCGCUGGACACCACAACACGCAGAGGGCCACGCACAUGCACAUGCACACGCACAUGCACACGCACACGCAUGGACAUUUUCCCCCUUCCACCAAACUUCAUAUUUUUAUGUUUUUAACUAAAUUUUACCUACAUUUGUUUGGGGACUUUUGCAGGCAGUGAUGGCAUGAUGGUCUUCAUCGCAAGAGGGUUUGAGUUUAGGAGCAAGUCCGCAGACUGGACUUUUUUUAAAUGUUCAUGGUACAGCAUCGUUACGGCAACCAAAAUGGGAUUAAGCCACAAUGGUUGACUUGGACAGGUUGGGUGAGUGGGCAGACGCAUGGCAGAUUAAGUUUAAUGCGGAUAAAUGUGAGGUUAUCCACUUUGGUAACAAAAACAGGAAGGCAGAUUACUA